AUGCGUGUUGUCUCUGCCGGGGUUUUAGUAAAGAGCGUACGGGCACGGGAAGGUCAGGAGGGCUGGGGAGAGGGCUUGGUUUGGGUGCAGAAGCAGCAUCUUGCCCGGCUAAGUCUGCGAGCGGGAUCGCGGCCAUCAUCUGGGCGCUGCAUCUUGCAGGGAUGUGCCUGGAAGCUGCAGGGAACAGGCACCAGCGAUGCUGCGAUCAUCUCCAGUAAUGGUGUGUCGAGAACAAAGUCGGUGCCUCCCUACCUCAGUAUCCUAAUCAAGUUCUGGCAGCUACAGGAAUACCAGUUCUGGGAUAAAGGAGGCAUUAGAGGUGAGGAUCUGGAGGCUUAUCAACAGAAGCUAAAGCUAGCCCUUAUAGGUCAAAGUAUUUUUGGACAAGAAGUUUAUAACAAGCUGAGAAAAGAGGGCCAUAAAGUCGUAGGAGUAUUCACGGUGCCUGACAAGAAUGGACAAGCCGAUCCUUUGGCACUGGCAGCGGAGAAGGACGGCACUCCUGUUUUUAAGUUCCCCAGAUGGAGAGCUAAAGGCAAACCUAUCCAGGAGGUAGUUGCAGCCUACAAAUCAGUUGGAGCAGAGCUAAAUGUCCUUCCGUUCUGUACACAGUUCAUCCCUAUGGAUGUUAUUGGCUGCCCAAAACAUGGUUCAAUUAUUUACCAUCCAUCCAUCCUACCACGCCACCGAGGAGCUUCUGCAAUCAACUGGACUUUAAUUCAAGGAGAUAAGAAAGCAGGAUUUACUAUUUUUUGGGCUGAUGAUGGUUUGGACACUGGACCAAUACUUCUGCAGCGAGAAUGUGAUGUUGGCCAAAACGAUACUGUGGAUGACCUGUAUAACCAGUUUCUCUUCCCAGAAGGAGUAAAGGCUAUGGUGGAAGCUGUACAUCUAAUUGCUGAUGGUAAGGCCCCUCGUAUACCUCAGCCUAAAGAAGGGGCAACAUAUGAAGGGAUCCAGAAAAAGGAAAACGCAGAGAUCUCCUGGGACCAACCUGCAUCAGCUUUGCACAACUGGAUUCGAGGGCAUGAUAAAGUGCCUGGAGCAUGGGCAACAAUAGAUGGCCAGGUGGUUACUUUUUAUGGGUCAUCAUUACUUGAUGCUUCAGUGCCUGCUGGACAAGAGCUGGCAAUAAAAGGUGCAUCAAGACCUGGACUUAUAACCAAGAAUGGUCUAGUCAUUUUUGGUAACGAUGGGAAGAUGGUACUAGUGAGAAAUCUACAGUUUGAGGACGGAAAAAUGAUCCCUGCAUCUAAAUACUUCUCUGCUGAUGAAACAACUGCCCUGGAACUUACAGAAGAGGAGAAAAAGAUGGCAGAAGAUAUUAGGGCUAUUUGGAAGGGAAUUUUGAGCAAUGUUGCUGUAAUUGAGGAUUCCACAGACUUCUUCAAAUCUGGAGCAUCCUCUAUGCAUGUUGUCAGAAUGCUAGAAGAGAUCAAACAGAAAUAUAGUGGACUUCAACUACAGAAUGAAGAUGUGUAUAUGGCCACUAAGUUUGCAGACUUUAUUCAAAUGGCUGUCAGAAAAUUCAGAGGAGAAGACAAAGAAGAAGAGUUAGUCAUUGAUUAUGUUUCAAAAAAUGUGAACAACAUGACUGUGAAUAUGCCAUACCAGUGUUUCAUAAAUGGCCAAUUUAUAAAUGCUGAUGAUGGAAAAACAUAUGACACUAUAAAUCCAACGGAUGGAUCAGUAAUAGCCAGUGUAUCUUCUGCUUCAUUGGCUGAUGUUGACAAGGCAGUGGCAGCAGCAAAGGAGGCAUUUGAAAAUGGUGAAUGGGGAAGAAAAGGGCGACUCAUGUACAGACUUGCAGACCUGAUGGAAGAACAUCAAGAAGAGUUAGCAACAAUAGAGUCUAUCGACUCAGGAGCUGUCUACACUUUAGCUUUGAAGACUCAUGUUGGAAUGUCUGUGCAAACAUUCAGAUACUUCGCUGGAUGGUGUGACAAGAUUCAGGGUGCUACAAUUCCAAUUAGCCAGGCCCGGCCAAACCAUAAUCUAACGUUCACCAAGAAAGAGCCAAUAGGUGUCUGUGCAAUCGUAAUCCCCUGGAAUUACCCACUGAUGAUGCUUGCAUGGAAGAGCGCAGCGUGCUUGGCUGCAGGCAACACACUUGUUCUCAAGCCAGCUCAGGUCACACCUCUGACUUCCUUGAAGUUUGCCGAACUCUCAGCUAAAGCUGGGUUUCCCAAGGGUGUUAUAAAUAUUCUGCCUGGUUCAGGUGGCUUAGUGGGACAGCACCUCUCUGAACAUCCAGAUGUUCGCAAAGUUGGAUUCACUGGUUCAACACCAACUGGUAAACAGAUCAUGAAGAGUGCAGCCACUAAUCUGAAGAAAGUUUCUCUUGAGCUUGGUGGUAAAUCACCAUUGAUCAUAUUCAGUGACUGUGAACUUGACAGAGCUGUAAAAAUGGGUAUGGGAGCAGUAUAUUUCAACAAAGGAGAAAACUGCAUUGCAGCUGGCAGGUUGUUUGUGGAAGAAUCAAUCCAUGAUGAAUUUGUUAGAAAAGUGGUGGAAGAAAUAAAAAAGAUGAAAAUUGGUGACCCACUUGAUAGAUCUACAGAUCAUGGUCCACAAAAUCACAAGGCACAUUUGGAAAAGCUGCUGCAAUAUUGUGAAACUGGAGUAAAAGAAGGAGCCACUCUGGUGUAUGGAGGAAGACAAGUACGUAGACCAGGUUUCUUCAUGGAACCCACUGUAUUCACAGAUGUCGAAGACCAUAUGUAUAUUGCCCAGGAAGAGUCCUUUGGUCCUGUGAUGGUGAUUUCUAAAUUUAAAAAUGGGGAUGUCGAUGGAGUGCUGCAACGGGCAAAUACCACAGAAUAUGGCUUAGCUUCAGGAGUUUUCACAAAAGACAUAAGCAAAGCUCUCUACAUCAGUGAAAAGCUAGAAGCUGGCACAGUUUUUAUUAACACAUACAACAAAACUGAUGUGGCAGCACCAUUUGGUGGAUUUAAACAGUCUGGCUUUGGGAAAGAUUUAGGUGAAGAAGCUCUUCAUGAAUAUCUUAGGACCAAGGCUAUCACUGUGGAAUAUUAAAUGAAGAGCCUCACUUGGAAAGUAAACUUUCAGCAGAGUUUGAAUCUUAAUGACUCCAUGAAGCACUUAAUACCAUGCCCAGGAUAUGCUGUCUGCAGUGCUACAACUGGAAAACAAAACAAAAAGAAACACAAACCAAAACACCCAUUCCAUGGAUAAGUUUCUAUAAACCAGGUCCAAGUUUUAGUAUCUCUGACAGAUAGAAGUAUUUGGAAAUUAACCUGA